UCGUGCGUACAUGUGCAGCAUGCUUGGCGCAGUUGAUCGAUUUGGAGGAGAAUGAGCCACCCCCGUCUCGGGCAAGGCACAAGGUAAUUGCACGCAUGGGCAUGUAUGAAUGCCAACCCCAUGUCUUUUGCCUUUCUGCGGGUCAGGGCGCUGCAGAAUCCUCGCACGGCCGUAAUCAGCCCAUAACAAAAAAACGAAUGCAAGGCAUGUCGUGUGUCAUUUUUAUCGUUCGCCUGCCGGCUCCCCAGCCCCCACCUUCUGUGAACGACGCCCGUCUCUUAUUGAACGACGCCCGUCCCCUUUGAAGUGAUCGAUCGGGACUCGCCCAGCUGAAGUGGCAAUGAUCAUACGGGUUUGGGCGGCGGCAAUGUGUACAUCAAUCUUGUAAGUGAGGUAGGCGAAGGAGAGGUGAAAAAAUCUCACGACUUGCACAUAUGUCGAACAGUCGGGAGAACGCAGAGGAUUCCAGAGGAUGAUACGAAGGCAGGAAGAGGUACAAUGCUAAAGACGGAUCGUCGACGCUGUACUGCUGCCAAAGAGACAGAACAGUUCCGUCGAUUCUCAUAUGUGGUAACACUUGAGUAAGGAUGCACUUUUAUCAGUUUAUGCAGCACAACCACAGUUUAUGAAGGGGUUGUGCUGUGGUUGUGCUGCUGCGAACAUAUCCUUUCCCCCUUUGGUACCGGCCUUGUGACUUUGUUGCGUGUCGUGAUUGGACUCUGCGUGCUGUUUCUGUUGCUUGAACGGGCUCCCCUGUGCGUACACCACUGUUGCUGCAGCUGACGAUCACGUGCAUCGCCAUUCUUUCUUCCACGUCACGUAUCACCCACUUCACCGUCCACCUAUCCAUUACCACUAGAGCCAGUCACCCCUCGCUCUCGCAAUUUCCCGCACUGUAUCUAUCAUCCGUCGUAUCUCUAACGCCGAAUCGUCGAAUAAUUUUCAGUUAACAAUGGGACGCGCCACUCUAUGUGUCCUUCUUGUUCAUCGGCCAACCCAUGUUCAAACGUCAAGUGAGACAUGCGACAUCAGUAGACCACACUGGAACCACACUAAGAGUUUUCCGAGCGACGCCCCGUCCUCGCAAGAGAACACUUCCUGGGGGAAAAAAGAGAUCCCCAUGCCAGAACAUGUGAGACUGGGCACCAUUCUCCGUAUUAUCGUUUCAGGAACAGCCUUGUUGCUCAUCUCAGUCGCUGUAAGGCAAGACCUCUUCUCGGUCCACCCCAUCAGUUACGCAGACCAAAGGGCAGCAGAGGAGCGUGGAAAUGAUGGGCGGGCCCCUAUCGACCUCACAGCACUGGACGCUUUUGUGAGGCGGCUGAAUGAAGGUGACCUGCUGAGGAAGCAUUGCGAACCCUACUGGGAAGAAAUGGUGUUGGACGAAAAUCCGACGCUGAGUGCUCUCGCAAAUCUGGAAGAGAGGGAGGCCAAGUCAGCUACUCUUGGAAGUGACCGUGCCGUGGUCCUACCCCACUUCAACUACAAGCCUGUCAGACUAAGUGUCAUGAAUGGGAGCCUCCACUGUCAUCCUCUUUCGAACUGCAAACCACGAAAUUACGACAGACUGGGCGCCGUCAGUGCUGAGAAAGUCCUACGGCGCAUAUCUGAGGCCCUGGGUCAGGCAAGGAGGGAAGGAGGAAGCCUGUCAGACGUCAAUUUCACGAUACAUCUCGAAGACUGCCCAAAACUCUGGUGGGACACCUGGUGGUACACUUCACCAUGACUCUUGCACCGAGGGAAAGGAGCCAGGGACAGGUGUCCCGUGUCCUCCGUUUCGCAGGCGCGGGGAGGCCCCUGUUUCCGUGGCAAAAGGCGCCGGGUCCUGUCAGAAAGGAGGCGAACAUGGUGGCUUCUACCAGAGUGUGCAGAGGGGUCAAGCCCCACCCGGGAUGCUUUUAUCCGAAUCUACUCAUCUGUUGUAUUCCUGGGACAUGUAAGUGAUCCAAGUGAUCACUCUCCUGCGACAUUUGCAGCUUCCUUUCAUCUCAGUCCUGGUGUGCCGUAUGGCACGCACAACAAUCGAUUUGAGGAGGUCAUUCGGAAUAAGAUGCAUGACAUCGCAUAUGCGAACGGCUCACUCUCUGAAGACCUUUGGGCCAAGGCUUGGAACAGCAAGGAGGACGGCGUUUUCUUCAUUGGACGCUUCAACGACGAUGCCCGGCUUCAGCUGGCAUGUCAAAUGAGUGUGUUGGACCUGCAAAUGUCGAGGGCAUUCUACAUCUCUGACGCAGCCAAGGCAGACAGGCCACGUCAAAAUUGCACCAAACAUGCUAUCGAGCUCGAGCGGUACGCAGGGACUACAACUCCGACUGAACCUGGGCUGUAUUGCUGCUUUUUUCAUGAAGUGCAUUUGGCUGCUCCGCUUCCCAUAUUUGCCGUGGACCAGACACUUCCUUCGACGUGUGGCAGGAGGAGCUCUUCAAGCACAAAUAUGUCCUGGACCUUCCUGGAAUUGGUAGGAAAGCGCCCCUUACUUGUGCACCGGUAUUUCACUACGCAAAACGGGAACAGGUCCGUGGUCUGCUCGGUUGAGCCUGCUUCUGCUCAGCGGCGCUGUUGUCUUUCAGCACAUACGCAACUUUGAGGCUGCACAGGUACGCACGCAGGAGACUGGGUGGCAAUUGGGCAACUUCCUUUGCUGUCAGUUUUACGAUGCCCCUCUCAAGCGACGUGGUGUGCUGGUUCCUUUUUCCGACGCCAGGGAUCUCCAAGAAAAGUUGGAUUGGUUCCGCAACCAUGAUGAUGUCGCACAAAGGGUCGCGAGGGCUGCUCACCAAUGGGCAUGGUAGGUACCCUUGCCAAAUUUACAACUCAGACUUUGCUACUCCACACCGACGUCCGUAGGACAUGUCUGACGCGGGAGAGCAUUGGAAAGUCCCUCGUGACACUUUUGAGACGCCUUGGCACCUUUCAAAAGGCGGGUGAGAACAGGACGGCCGCCGAAGUGGAGGGUUGUCGGAUCGAUCAGAGCAUCGCUCUUGCGGAUCAUCAGGCGGAAGGCUUCGAUGACCUUGUCCAAAAGUGCUUAGAAUGGUAGCAAGUCUCCGAAGUGAGACACUGCCUGUCGAAGGACUGUGUUCCCAGACGGGUAGGCACCACAAGUGAAAGGAUGGUAGAAUCACG